AUGCAAAGAGUCCGCGACAACAUACCCUCCCCGCUAAAGAAGAUAUCGAGCGCUGUAGUCACUUGGGUCAAGGGCCCCCAACCUCCUAGGAUAUACAAGAUUGAUCCAUUUUUUCCAAGCAUACAACAUGCGCCCCUCAAUUUGUUGGACCGCUAUGCUCCCAAACGUAUGCAACGCUUCUGGAUUCUAUUCGUCUUCUACAUCUGCUGGAUCCUCUCUUUCGCCCUGGUCCUGCACAAAUCCUCCUUUGCCGCCGAUGUAAAAGACUAUGGGUCGCCGAUAAGACUGGGAUGCGGGGCAAGAUACUGGAACGACGGCAAUGGCUGCGGCAUCAACGGAGACCAAUGUCGACCUUUCUCCAAUGCGUCUCUGCCUUUUCGUUGCCCUGCAGGCUGUAUCAAAACUCAAGUUUUGUUUCCACAUGCUGUUGGAGACCAGGAAGUCGUAUACAAGCCUCUGGUCGUUGGUGGGCCUCUGAACAAGAGCGAGCCCAUCUCGAGUACAGUCUACCGCAGUGACAGCUUCAUCUGCGGCUCUGCCAUUCACGCAGGCUUCAUCAAAAGCGAACAAGGCGGUUGCGGUGUCCUCAGACUCACUGGUGACCAACACUUCUUUCCUAGCGUAAAGCAAAACGGAAUUGACAGUGUUGGUUUCGAAUCUUACUUUCCACAUUCUUUCCAGUUUGUAGAGGGCACACAGUCGCAAUGUCGAGAUUUGAGAUGGCCUCUGCUCGCUGUAUCCGUCUUCUUCACCGCUAUGCUAUCUCUCUUCACCACAUCACCAGCUGUAUUCUUCUGGUCCAUCUUUGUCGGCUUGUUCUUCCAAACGGGUCUGGCUUCCGAUCCGCCAAAUCUUACGGAUUAUUACUCAUUAAUUUCCACUGCGCUUGGAAGAUUCCUUCCCGCCGCUUUUGUCAUGGCAAUCAUCUAUCGCUACGCCGUACUUUACACCCUUACAGGCUUGACCGCACAAUUCGAGAAAACAGUUCUGUGGCUGGGUGCUGCAUGGGUAGGCGCACUCAACAACUACACCUUCGAUCGCAUUCCCAUUCAACGCCUUACUCCUCACGACAUAAAAGCACAACCAGGAGCCAUACCCGCUCUCAUCUCCAUCGUGCUGAUAAUCUUCUUCAUCGCUCUGGGUCAAGCAUACGCUUUCCGCGUCGAAGGCAGGAUGCCCCGCUACCUAGGCAUCUACGGUCUCUUCGUCUUGGGCAUUCUCCUUCUCCUCGCAGUCCCAGGCAUGAAUCUACGCAUUCACCAUUACAUCCUCGCUAUACUCCUGCUUCCUGGCACUGCAUUCCAGAAUCGCCCUAGUCUGCUGUAUCAAGGAUUACUCUGUGGUCUUUUCAUCAACGGCAUCGCUCGCUGGGGGUUCGAUAGCAUCCUCCAAACACCUGGCGAACUCCUCUCCGACGCACCACAAGAUACACUGCUCCCUCACAUCCCCACCCCCAUCAUCGGUGCAUUCAACAUCACCUUCUCGCUUGGUCCCAUUCCUCCCGUCGACAGCACAAAAAACACUCCCAGUUACGACGGCUUUUCAGUGUUGGUGAAUGAUGUAGAGAGAUUCAGGGGUUACGCUGAUUACGAUAUCGAUGGAGUGUGGAAGAAUGGAAGUAGAGAGUGGACGUGGAAUAGACAUGAUGAGACGUUGCCAGAGUACUUUAGGUUUGCGUAUAUGGAUGGCAGUGGGGUGGGUGAUUAUACGAAGGCUGGGGCUUGGUUGGUUAAUGGGACGUGGGUGCCUAUGAAGAGUGGGCCUUCCUAG